UUUGAAUUUUUAAAAUUAAACUUUGUAAACCUGUAUUUUUAUUUUUUAUAUUAUUUUUAUUCUACUCAAGUUAUUUUAUGAAAGUCUUUUAAUUUUUAUGGAUCGAAAGAAUUCUCAAUCUCAAUCUUGUAAACUGAGGUUCCAAAGUCCAAACUCCAAACGCGCUGCGUGAGACCUAUCGUUAAUGUUAAUAUGUAAUCAAAUGCAUUUAGUUAUGGAAAAAGAUUAAACCAGAUUAGACGCAUAAAAAUGCAUUGUUUUCAAUAAACCAUUAUCUGUCUUCAAAUAUACAAAAUGGUAGAGUUCAUGAAAAGAGCCUUGGAACUGGCAUCCGAAGCUCUAGCAGCUCAGGAAGUACCAGUUGGUUGUGUUUUCACUAUCAACGAGAACAUCGUAGCAGAGUCUAGGAACAGUGUUAAUAUUACCCAUAACCCAACCAGGCACGCUGAAAUGAACUGUAUAGACACUGUUUUAGAUUACUGUAAAGAAAACAAUAUUGAUUAUGCAAAUUAUUUUAGAAACAUUGAUGUUUAUGUCACUGUUGAACCUUGUAUUAUGUGUGCAGCUGCAUUGAACAUUUUGAAAGUAAAUCAAGUUAUCUAUGGAUGCCCAAAUGACAGGUUUGGUGGUUACACAGUGUUAGAUGUAAGGAAAUUUUAUGAACCUCAUUAUAUGCUGUCUGGAAACUUGUGUGCUGAUGAAGCAAUGGCUCUGUUAAAACAGUUUUACAAAGGUGUUAACCCAAAUGCCCCAGAAUCUAAGGCGAAAAAAAAGCCAUUAUAAACUUAAGACCUAAAAUAAUCAUCUAGCAAACUACUUGUGGUGUUUCUGGAAUCUUAAAAGAAAAACUGAAUUAUUAGUAAUUAUAUUUGUAAAUUAUAAAUAAUAAGCCCCAAUAGUUCUAAGGAUAAAGAGUUGACUGGAAUCCAAAAGGUGUAUUUAGUAUAAUAUACAGAGAUCAAAUUGUAAGAUUAAUUGAAUAUAUUCAAUAAAGUCUAAAUAAAACAA